AGUUUUGUGGUCAAGUAAAUCUAAUGUUGCAUACAAGUUAACAGCACGUUUCAAUCUCUAGCUUAAGCUGCAAAUGAUUUAAUAAUCCAAUAACGUCAUCGUGUUGAAUGAUUACAUCAGGCGUAUAUAAAGAACAACUCGAUAAUAUAGGAACUUAAUAUGUUUUAUUGAUAAAGGAAACCACACCAGCUGUACAAAGUUCAAAAUGGCCGACACCGCCCCGUUACGAAGAAGCCGACGAGCAGCUAGUCUCACAGCAGAAGUCUUGUGGAAUAUUCAAAUCGAGGACGACCGAAAAGCAAACAACAAACCUCAUAAGAAGAAUUCAACGAGUGAAAAAGUUGAGGCCUCCAAACGAGGGCGCAAGAGAGCAUCAGGCGAUAAAACUAACGAGAGAAAUUCACCAAUUGACGAUGUGUUUGAAGCCGUACCCGAGAAGAAAGUGAAAAUUAAGACUGAAGGAAGUUCGAAGCCCGUGUUCUCGUCAUCGGGGCCACUAGGUGGUGGUAGACGAAUUCACGGAAAGCUCACAGCCUCGGUUGCUCCGUUGAUAAAAACCUCGUCACCACCAGUGGCAGCAACGCGCAACAACACACAAGUUGCCCAUAGCAACCCGAUAUUGUUGCUACCGGUUUCACUGCAAACCAACCAUGGUAGAGUGGGAUCGCCUGAGGUUGGUGGGUUGCCAGUUAUCACUCUACAAGACCCAUCGGAGUUACUUUCAUGUUUCGGGAUUAAUAAUACAUCGAAGCACGGUGAAAGUUGGGGUGUUACGAGCAUCACGACAUCGAACACUAACCCACGAGGGGUUCAAAUAGGGAUUAAACGAUGUGGGUUAACGCUGCCCCCCACGCACACACCCGUCUACAGCAUGAAACAGAACAAACCUACCAACACAGGGCAAGAUGAACCUUUGAACUUGAGUGUUGGGGGGAAACCCAAACUAUUAGUACGCCCUGUACAGCAAGGGUUAUCCCCUGCAGGGGCAUUCCCGGUUAAAGCAUGGAAAUCGCAAGGAAUAAAAGUUCUUUCAAGUUUAAGUCACAACAAAACUAUCGGGAGGGUAACGGUACGUACCAAAGUAAAUCGCAAACCAGGGGUGAGUCCCGAUGUUUCACCAAGACCAAAGAAAUGUCCUUCGCCAGAUUACGCAUGUUCUUCACCAGAUGUUGACGACGUUCAUCGUGACGUACGACACACUUGUAACCGACCGCAAAUUAAGUUAAGGAACAAAGCAGCGCCCCCUCGUGGAUCUGCUGAGUACGACGCGUUGGUAGAAGAGCAACGUCGCGCGCAAGCUGUUCGAGAAGUUGAAGCAAAACGGAAAGCUCUCAAACUUCGGUUGAUGCGAACCAGUCCCGUAACAGGGAAUUCCCCCUCAAUAUCUGAUUGGUCAAGUGUUGUGACAUCAUCAGAUGAAACAAACAAUGGUUGGGAAUGGGUCGGUAGUCCGUACACUGCUCUUGUGUAUAGCGUGGAGAGCGGAAAAUAUGUGAAACGCCGGUGUUUCCGUGGCAUGCGUCGUCAGGACGACGGAGGUUACACCGUUGUCAUGGUGAGGGAUUGCGUGUUCUUGUUGGCCGGGGAGGAAAACGAACCUCCAUAUUUGGGCAAAGUGACGUCACUGUGGGAGAAAGGAGAUCAAAUGAUGAUCAGUUUGCUGUGGUUUUAUAGACCGGAACACACAGAGGAUAAUCGACCAAUCAGCGACGAGGUUUCCGACGACGAGUUAUUUGCGUCACGUCACCAAGAUGAAAUGUCGGUUGCCUGCGUUGAAGAUCGGUGUCAUGUCGUCACUUAUUCAGAGUAUUGCAGAGCACAAGCAAGACUUCGACGAGACGGUGCGUGGCUCAAGCACGACAUCAGGCGGAUAGUUCCUCCUCUACCAGCGGCCACUAAAAGGCGCUCGCGACCCCGUGUUCGCGGUGAGGUCGACACAGACCCAAACAAUGUUUUUUUUUGUCGUCGCGUCUAUGACGUUAAAAUGCGGCGUGUUCUAAAAUCACUUCCCGUCCCCACGUCGCUGUACAACGAACAUGGCCGACGUUCGACCACAGCAGCACCGACGUAAGGUUUAAAAAAAAAGAAUAUUUCUUGUUUAAAAAAUGAAUCUUUCUUAUUUGGAUUCCAACUCUACUGUGCCGCUGCUAUUUUUUCGUUUUUUUGACGUAUAGUACUGUGGGGUAAGAUGGAAUACGUUAGCACAUGUUAUCCCGUGUUUCAUAAUCGUGUAUUUAACAUUAACAACUCGAGUCGUGAGGAUCUGAUUAAAUUUCUUUGAACAUUUUUUGUUUACAACCAAACAGGACGAAGAAAGAGAAUGAAACUUGUUCCAUCUUACCCCAACCCAUAAAAUGUUACGACGUAUGGUUCCCCUGUUCCGUUACAAAAAAUAUUUAUAAAAUUUAUUGAAAAUUUUUCCACGAUGAAUUUUGAACGUACUUUGAAUAUUACGACGUUAUAAUUGUUAAGUCGCUUGUGACGUCAUUGUUACAACUCAUUUAAAUACUGAUGACGUGUUUUAUAAUAAUUGGUUCUUUAAAUAUUGAUCUCUCAUUGGUUACUCGGUGUGUGACGUCGCUUUCAAAGUUCGUUCUGAUUGGACAGUUUUUAAUCAGAAAAUAAAAGUAAAAAAUGUGU